AUGGCUGCUGUCGGCGACGCAUCGACGAGAUUCGAUUCUUCCGCCGGCGAACUCUCCUCCCCGCCCUCGGGCUCCCUCUCAGAACCCGGGUCGCCCUCGCACGGGGCUGGCCGCCGUCCCAACGCCGCAAAGGACCGCUCAAAGCUCGAGAUGGAGGAAAUCGUCGUCAGUGGUGACCAGAACCCGCAGCAGUACUCGCAGCAGUACUCGCAGCCACCACCAGGGGCUUCUCCCGGAAGCGCCCCUGGCGCGCGCAACCAGCCUCCGAAGAAAUAUUCGUUAGUCGACGGCGAAUGGGUGCAGCUAACAGCAGCGGGCGUUCCCCGCAAAAAGCCGGGACGCAAGCCCGGUUCGAUCGUCAAGCCCAAGGCCCCGGCCGAUGGAACCGAGCCGCCCAAGGCUCGCAAGCCGCGAAAGUCGCGAGAGGCUGAGGCAACGCCCGUGCAGCGUAAGAGAAAGCUGGCGCCUGCCUCCGACGUCGACGCCGAUGCGCCCAGUCCACGGCCCCUUGCCCCUGCCGCGCUAGGAGCGCCCUCGUCCUCUUCGCCCUCCCUUCAGCCUCAGCUCGGCGAGGCCUUGACGUCGCCGCCGCAGCAUCAGUUACAGCCGCUCUCGGACAGGCGAUACUCGCCCAAGAUGCAGAAGCGAGAGGGCUACCCCAGCUCCAUGCAGAGCAUUCUUAAUGCCGACCCGCCCCCCGUCACUCGGUCGCCGUCAAACAGCAUCGCUAGCCCAACCUCCAUACCCGUGCGCACCAGCGGCCAGAGCUACGAUCCCAUCCGGGGCAACUAUGAUCCCGUCCGGGAGACCAUCACCUCGCACUACUCCUCAGCCGCCGGGUCUCCGCGAGCCCCCCUGCCGGCUCAGUCCUCGCACCGCUCGCCGUCCAUCGCCAGCAUGAUUGAGCCCCAGCCGGCCAAGGCAUCGCCUAGCCAAUCCCACCAGCCGUAUCCCCCGGCUGUGUCUCAGUCACGCCUGCAGACGCAGGACGCCACCCCGCUGCCGCCUUCCCCGUCAUACGUCCCCAAGGCAUCGACGCCCACGCCAGCGAGCCAGGCCCCGGCUCUGAAGCCUUCCGUCCAUGAUGUAAAACGCGAGGCCCCGACGCCUCCGGCCCCCCGGCCCGUCGUUGACCACUCCAACUUCACCACGAUUGCAAACGGGCCCGUGAAGAAGGUGUCCCCCAAGCAAAAACCCGUCACCGGCGUCUCGACACCAAAGACGGACUGUCUGGAAGAGACCAUCAUGGAGGUGGACGAGAGAUCGAUUCUCGACUUCGGCAGAGCUCGUCCCGGCGAGGAGAAGGAAACGCCCACCAUUGUCCUCACCAUCCCCAUCGGCCAGGGUGAGACCAACAAAUACGUCAACUUCAUGCGCAUGGCCGAGGACCAGUAUGGUUGGGAUGCUCUGCAUCCCCGCCUUGCUGCUGACCGAGACCGCAAGGCUCGCAUUGCUGCGGCCGCCGCGUCCUUGGAGAAGGUCGAGUCUGGCCGCGAGUCCGGUGACGAGAUGUCCGUCGACCUGUCCGAUGCCGAGGGCAGCAAUCCUGAGAAUGGUGGAGUCAGCGGCGCCGAUGCGCAAGCCAAGCCGAAGAAGAAGCGCAAUUUCAAAGAGGAUCAAUACGACGUUGACGACGACUUUGUGGACGAUUCUGAACUGCUCUGGGAGGCUCAGGCUGCUGCCAGCCGAGACGGCUUCUUUGUUUACUCUGGUCCCUUGGUCCCCGAGGUCGAGAAGCCAGCUGCAGGGCACGAGGAACGCCCUAAGCGCGGACGAGGCGGACGUGGCAGUCGAGGAGGCGCCCGGGGAGGAGCAACUCGAGGAGGAGCAACCACCGGGCGCGGUGGCGGCCCAGGCUCUAGAGGCGGCGCCGUCACACGGAAGCCUCGCAUCACCAAGACCGAAAAGGCCCAGCGGGAGAAGGAGAAGGCCGAACGAGAGAGCAUGGCCAAGGCGUCGGCCAACGGAUAUCCACUCCAGCCCACCACGCCAUCAUUGUCUGUCCGCGAGCUUGGUUCCUAG